CUGCUGCCACACCGGCACCUCCUUCUUGAUAUAUCAACAUCUGUAGUGUGGUGAUGAUCACAGUUGCCUCACACGCAACAGGUCGAUCCUGAGCAAAUGAAAAUGAUAUGUUAAUUGGGCAAUUUGAAGUAAUGUAUUUCCUACGCCAAAUUUAUUCUGGCUUUCCGUGAUGAUGGAACAACUAUGGUAACGCACAUUGUGGACACAAUCCUGUCAUCAGAAUUCGAUUCCUAAUCAGGCGAUGGAAAACAUUUCCAUGGUUACGUGAAUCCAAACAGUUCAACGAAAAAAAUAUGAAUUACUCUCACUUAUCUAUUAGUUUCACCCCCGAAUGCACGGCUAAAACUGAGUGCGCCAAAUUGAAAUGUCAAUUUUUGAGCAGCUACGCCCAUUCGUCAGCCUCUGCCAAGCGUGUGGCAUGAUGCCUUUCACCAUCGAACAAAAUUUAAUAACCAACAAAUUUGAGAAAUUUACAUUUUCUUUUAGACACCUUACUACGUGGUGGUUUUUUCUAGUUUUGUUUGUAUUGCACCCCGCAUUAUUUUUCGUUUCGGGGUACAUAGCCAAGGAUGCACCACCCGAUUUAUUGUUGGGCAAAGACAUGCCCAUCACCGUUAACAUUAUGUUAUUGGUAACAACGAUGUGUUUCAUCGUUGAAUUGUUAUUAUCCCGCUGGAUCAUCCUCCACUACCGUCAACUUCGAAAUGCUAUCGAAGCUGUGCAAGAAGUUGAACAACUUUUGGGAAAAAAAUUUAUUUCGCAGCACCAGAGCUCCGUAACGACACGAUUUGUCAUCGGCUUCAUUCUCAUCAUUUCAGUGUCCGUAGGUUGUGUGAUUGCGAAUGAACCGGCAUAUGAAGCGUUGCUCCCGAAAAAUGUGAACGUCUUCUUAAUGACACUUGUGUAUUUCGUGCUGGUGCUUAUCUUCGUGUUGUUUCAAUGCACGUAUCUUUUGUUCUAUAUGUGCUAUUACGUCAUCGCUCACUACGUGCAACUAUUACUACACUCGGACGUGAAAGAACGGCGAAUUAUUUCCUUAAAAGCGAAGGAGAGUAACGAUGUUAUGAGAAGAAACGUUUUAAUUUUUGAUUAUCUUUGUCGAGCCUCACAAGAAUUAAAUGGGAUUUUUUCCGUCCCCAUUUUAAUUCUGUUGACGUCGAAAUUCAUCUCGGUCGUCGCCUUUGCCUUCGCUUACAUUUACAACAAAUUUAUUCGUUAUGACGACAUGUUAGAGAAUCACUCCUUGAUGUUUGCUUCUAUGUUCUUUGUUUACUGGAUCCAAAUUUUUGUUCUUCUCACCGCUGCCGACAUGCCAGCUAAUCAGGUUCGGCUUCUCCGCGAAAGGGUUACCGCAAUAUCCUCUUCCGGUUUGUCUCAAUCGUUGGACGUAAAAUUAUUAGCAAUGACUUCCCUGGUGCAGAUUGAUGAAAAACGGGUCCGUUUAUCUGCCGCUGGGCUGUUUGAAGUUGGUGUGCAUCUUAUUCCGACUUUGGCAGGUGCUGUGGUGACCUACAUGGUUAUUCUCCUUGACACUUAAUCGAUGCCAGUUGAAAUAAUAUCGAUGCUGUCGCGAACUCAAUUAGAUUUCUCCUCUUUUUACUUUCAUCGGAAUUAUUUUCAAUCACAUUUUACCGUAGCCCUAACAGCAAAUGAUACUAUUAACUAUUCUUGAAUCCUAAUUGGGCGACUUAACUGGUUAUCAUCACGGUUGCUUCUCAGACACUUGUUUAUUCAAGAUUCAUAUUUGAUUUGGAAGCGAUAACAAAACUUGUACUUUGCA